AAAAUAUAAUAUAAAUAUAAAAAAAAUUGAAUAAUAAUUAUUCCAAAAAAUAAAAAAAAUGGAAGGAGAAAUUACUAUCAAACUUAAAUUAUCUAACGAAGGGGUUUUUGAUGUUAAAAUAAAUCCAAAAUCGACGAUAGAAUAAUUCAAACAAAAAAUUGCUUCUGAAAAAAAUUGUGAACCUGAACAUAUUAAAUUGAUUUUAAAAGGUAAAUGGCUAAAGAAUAAUGAAGAAACGUUAGAAGCAAACAAAGUAACUGAUGGAACAAUAAUGCACAUUAUAAUCAAUAAACCAUAAGGAAAUUAAUAAUCAGAAUAAACAUCAUCUACUCAAAAUACUAAUGCCUAAUAGCCUACUUCAAAUGCUUAAUAAGUUCCCAAUAAUUUAAAUACUGGAGUUGGAUCAAACCCAUUUAUGGGAAUCGGAGGAUUAGGAGGUCUUGGCGAUUUAGGAAGUAUGAAUCCUAAUGAUUUAUAAGGAAUGCUAAAUAAUCCUGAAGUAUAAUAAAUGAUGCAAUAGAUGCUUUAAAAUCCUUAACAACUUUAAUAAUUAAUGCAAGCUAACCCUUAUACAAGACAAAUGUUAGAAUAAAAUCCUUAAUUAUUAUAAAUGUUUAGUGAUCCCUUAGUAAUGUAAAUGAUGAGUAAUCCUGCCUUUAUUUAAUAAGCUAUGAAUAUGAUGUAAGGAGGUGGUGGUAUGGGCGGAUUAGGUGGAAUGGCUGGAUUAGGCGGAAUGGGAGGAUUAGGUGGAAUGGGAGGAUUAGGUGGAAUGGGAGGAUUAGGUUAAUAACCUCCAGCAAGUAACUAGGACACUUAGAAUUAAAAUAAUUAAUAACCCUCUAAUUUCAAUCCUUUAAUGUUUGGCGGAUUAGGAGGAUUAGGAGGAUUAGGAGGAUUAGGAGGAUUAGGUGGAUUAGGAGGAAUGGGUGGUUUUCAACAGAAUUCUGCUGAUAAUAGACCACCUGAAGAAAAGUAUUAAGAAUAAUUAGUUUAAUUAGAAGCCAUGGGAUUCACAAAUAAAAAUGUGAAUAUUGAAGCUUUAAAAGUUACCGGAGGAAACGUUGAAGCUGCAGUUGAACGUCUUCUAAAUAUGCUAGGAUGAAUAAAAAAAUAUUAGAAAACUAAAGAAAUAUAAUUUUUUUUUAGGUUAUAUUAUGUAAUGUUUUUAUGUAUUCAAAUAAUUAUAUUUUAAAUUAGAGAAUCAUUUUAUAAU